UCCUUUCGAUUAUAGGCUUCUUUUGCCUAACCGAAUUCCCAGUUUUGUUCAUUUUUUUGGUUCAAAAGUGUUGUUUGUUUUAUCGUUUUGGGGGUUUGCAGAUAUUUGCAGGAAUUUCGUGUUUGAGAUGUCAAGAAGGAGAAUGAGCUCGGCUUCUCGGAAUGCCAAUGGGAGAGGCUUGGAAUUGGAGAAAUCUAAGGAGAGAAUGGAGAAGAAAGAGGAUGGGGGUGAUGGUAAACAGAAGAAGGGCUGUUUUGCGUUUCUGGGUUGGUGUGCAUCGCCAAGGCCUCAUGCUGAGAGUUCUGCCAGUGGGUCUGUUGCAAAAUGUGAUACCGAAACCAAAUCUUCAAAUGAUGCCUGCAGAGACCCCCCAGCUGCUGUGGUUAUAUCGUCUUCAGCUACAAGUAAUGUGGAGACUGCUCCAUCAACUCCUUACAUAAGUGAGGAAUUGAAAGUUGCCUCUCAGCUUCGAAAGUUUUCUUUUGCUGAGCUCAAGUCUGCAACCAAGGGCUUCAAAUCUGAAUAUAUUCUCGGUCAAGGUGGCUUCGGGUGUGUUUAUAAAUGUUGGGUCAAUGAGAUUGAAGCCACGUCAGCGAGGCCUGGCUCAGGGAUCCCUGCUGCAGUGAAGACUCUCAAUCAGGAUGGACUUCAGGGUCACAAGGAGUGGCUUGCUGAAGUUCAUUUUCUCGGUGACCUCCAACAUCCACAUUUGGUAAAAUUAAUAGGAUAUUGCAUGGAGGAUGAUCAAAGAAUGCUAGUCUACGAGUUUAUGCCGCGUGGAAGUUUGGAAAAUCACUUAUUCAAAAGGUCCCUGCCUCUUCCAUGGAAUAUCAGAAUGAAAAUCGCAUAUGGUGCUGCAAAGGGCCUUGCCUUCCUCCAUGAAGAAGCUGAAAGGCCUGUUAUAUAUCGGGAUUUUAAAGCAUCUAACGUCUUAUUGGAUGUGGAUUACAAUGCAAAGCUUUCUGAUUUUGGACUCGCCAAAGAUGGUCCCGAGGGAGAUAAGACUCACGUAUCAACCCGAGUCAUGGGAACCUAUGGCUAUGCUGCUCCUGAGUAUGUCAUGACUGGACAUUUGACAUCGAAAAGUGAUGUCUACAGUUUUGGAGUGGUUUUCCUUGAGAUGCUGACUGGGAGGAGGUCCAUGGACAAGACGAGGCCACAUGGGGAGCACAACUUGGUGGAAUGGGCGAGGCCAUACCUAUCUGACAGGCACAGGUUUUACCAUCUGAUAGACCCACGCCUCGAGGGCCGCUUCUCAAUGAAGGCAGCUCGAAAGGCAGCCGAGCUGGCUGCUGGCUGCCUUCGUCGUGACCCAAAAGCCCGGCCUUUGAUGAGCGAGGUCGUUGAGAGGCUGAGGCCUUUGCCUCACCUGAAAGACAUGGCCUGUGAGUCCCCCUACUUUCAUGUCAUCCCGGGAAGGCCGGUUAACGCCUGUAAUGGGAACAGAAUGCAGGCGGGAUCGUCAUCGAGGGGCAGGCGCCACUCGUUGCAAAGCGCCCCUCCUCGGGCUUCCCCUUCUAACCAUCCCGGCCCUCAUCAAUCACCAAAGCCCAGAAAUGGGUCUUAGUUUUGAUGUUUGAACAUGUUUGUUUUCUUGCUUUUUCUCCCCCCAAUUUUGAGUAUCUGCUGAAGGGCUUUCUGUCUGGUUUAAUGGUGGGGAGAAGUAAAAAAAAUAUAGAGAAAAGUGAUGUGCAGGUUAUGUGCAGGGUGUAGAAUUUUAGAUAUGAAAAUGAUUUGUUAGGCCUUUUGAUGCAAAGUGUAAUUAACUUUCGAUGCAAACUGUAAUUAACUUGAAUUAUUUUUCCUUUUUUCAUAUAAACAGUAGGUUUUUUCCAGAAUGCA